AGUUCAGUGAGUGUUGGAAGAUGUUGGCGGCGAGACACAUCGUGAGUCGUGGUGCAACAUCAUGCGUGAGGGCGUGGGUGAGGGCUCCCCGGGCCGCCACCACCAGUCUAUUGCUUACCGCCCCUCAUGUACAAAGACGAGAAGUGACCACAAGUGAAAGGAGUGGAGGAAAAGCAGCACAGGGGACAGUACACUACCAGGCAGCUAGCGUCACUGUGGCCAGCACUGUUCCUCUCACAGCUACAGCCAUGAUGCAGGUGUGUUGGGAAGGUGGCGGGACAGAUGUGUAUCCAUACGUAUGGCUGCGAGACAACUGCCAAUGUUCUAUUUGUUUUCAUCCUGUGUCGAAGAUGCGAAAACUGCUAGUUGAGGACCUCCAACUCGGCGUCAGUCCAUCUGACAUCCAGGUGGUUGACAGUGGUAGAGUGAUUGAGGUGCUGUGGUCCGACGGUCACCUGGCCACUUAUCCUGCCACUUGGCUCCACCAGAGGGCCUUCAACACACAUAAAAGAGAUCUUCGUAACAACACAGUAAGGUCAAAGCCAACACUCUGGGGCAAGGAACUGCUGGAGAACUUACCAAGAGCUUCCUUCCCAGAACUGCUUCAGGAUGACUCAGCUCUCCUGCAGUUCCUGCAGCAGCUUGAGUCUCACGGGCUGGUGGUGGUCUCUGACACACCCACUAAACUGGGACAACUACAUCGGCUGAGUGAUCGAGUUGCCUACUUGAGUAGGAGUCAUUAUGGAGAGACAUUCAUCGUAGAGAGUAAGAAUGAUCCAAUCAACUUGGCAUAUACGGCAGCAAAACUUGAAAUGCACAGUGAUAUCCCGUCCAGGAAAUACAAGCCAUGCAUCCAGAUGCUACACUGCAUCCGUCAGUUUCACGGUGAGGGUGGCGACAACCAGCUGACCGACGGAUUCCAAGUGUCACACAACUUCCGCACUCUACAUCCUGACAAAUUCCACAUUCUCGCCACUACACCUGUGGACUUUAUUGAUAUUGGGGUGGAGGAUGGUAGAGAUUUUUUUUUAGUAAAUCACGACCCUAUGAUCAGGCUUGACAUUAAUGGACAAAUCCAGUCAGUCAACUUCAACCAGUUCUCCCGAGACUCUUACUUCAGAGUCCCAGUGGAGGAGGUUGCUGGCUGGUACGAUGCUAUGAAGACCUUCCGAGAUAUGGUCAAUGACAAUCAGUACUGUAUCGAAUACAAGAUGAAGGAUGGUGAUAUUCUGGUGUUCGACAACUUUCGGUUGUUACACGGGCGUAAGGCAUAUACCAUAGAAGGGGAGCGGGUGUUGGAGGGUGGCUACUGGGAAUGGGACGACGUACUCUCACGACGCCGCGUCCUGCAGGCCAAGUUGAGCAACGAGUAACACCUCAGAGUUGAAAAAGAAGAAAAAAGGGAAGAUCCUGUGUGGAAUCCUUUCUUUCAAACAAUACCAGUUACAUGUUAGAGAUAAAGAUACAUUGUUGGUAAAACUACAAGGAUGGACGGGGAUGGGAUAUCACCCGCCCUCCUCUCCUUUAGAUAAUAAGAGUGAAGAGGUUUAUCUGCUAGACUAUGAAGUGAGUACAAACCAGUAAGGUAUUAAAGAUGUACGUAUUCAUCAGGUAAUAUCAAAAAGACACUACAACAUAAACAGAGUAGCCACUUCCCAUUGGUGAUCGCAUUCUUCAGUUAAGGUUGACAAAAUCGGUCCCUUCAGGUUAUAGGAGGUCAUCUGGGGCUUUUGUUGGGAUUUAUUCUCAUUACUGUAUUUUACUUCUUUUAUUCAUCCGUCUGUUUAGGUUGUUCUGCUUUUAUUUACAUGCUUUUACUUUUUUUUUUACUUUGACUUAUCUUCAUUAUGCUUUAUCUGAUUUUCUUGACAAUAACAAGGUUGAACUAUUUCGCUGUCUCAGGGGAUAUUGACAAGACUAAGUUGGUCGUUGUGAUGAACUAGCAGAAGUCCAAAAUGGCCGCCAACAUGAUGGAACAUAUACUAAGAAACAAACUUGUAAAGGAAUGCCAACACGGUUUUAUGCUGGGGCAGUCCUGCUUAACACAAUUUCUCAAGGUAAUGGAUAUUUGGACCCAAAUUC